UGGGUCUUAUCUUAAAUGCUCUUUGAUUUCACUUCUAUUGAAGAAAAAGCAAAUUUGGGGAUUUUGGUUUCGUUUAUUCGAUAUAGGGGUUAAAUUCCGAUGAGAUGUGGAAAUCAAAGUAUGGAGUCAAGAAGGCAGAUGCAUGAUAUCAUGUUUUGAAGUUUGGAUUUGAAGAAGAAGAAGAAGAUAACUUCUGUUUCCAUUAUCUGAGUGUUUGGAUGAAAAUGCAGGAUGGGUGUUUGAUAAAAUGAGUGGACAAAGACUCUGCUUAUUGAUUACUCGGUUAUUCGAAGUUGGGGUUUGUAGAUUCGAAGUGUUUUCAAAUCGAUGCCAGAGUGGAAUUCUGCUUCUUGGAAUGCUCUAUGAUUGUGCAAGGUAUGUUUAAAUCAUGAAGCUUUUUUCAAUUGUUUGAAAGGAUGCAGUUAGAGAAAGUUGAGUUGGAUAAAUUUGUUAUUGUAGCUAGUAUGUUAUCAUCUUGUACAGGAUUUGGAGCUUUAUUAGAGCAAAGUGAGUGGAUAUUUGAAAAUGUAAAGAAGAACUGAUUUGAAGUGGAUAAUAUGCAGUAAAAGAGUGGAUGCUGGUGGCUUUUUGUUCUUAAUAGUGGAAAUUACAGGGGAUAGGUAAGUUUUAGAAAGUGUUAAGAAUUGCAUGCUUUAUUAAACUCUCAUGUGGAUGGAUUCUGUUGCUUUGCAAGUAGGAGAUCAAUUUGUUUAUAUGUUGGUGACCAGCCAACAUUUGAUUUCGGAGGGGUGCAGACAGAAAAGCGACUUGGCUAGUCUUAGAUUAUCAUAUUUGCAUCAAUGGGUUGUCAUUUAAGGCAAUGACAGCAUUAGCAUCCACAUCAACAAGUAGCAGUUGUCAAAACAGGAUUACAUCAUUAGGGGGCAGGGAGCAAUGACGACAUAUCAUUAGCAUGGCAUAAAAAAUGCUUAUGUUGCCAAAGUCAAUCAAACUUAGUACUACAAUACAGUAGUAGGUGCUUUUGUUUUUUCUUGUUUUUGGCGCUCAUAAUCUAGUGUGGGUUUAAGUCAACCCAUUUUUGGCUGAACCUCAAAGUUACAAGCACAAAGGAAUUUCUGCAAUAACUUCUCUGGAUUUUGUGAAGCAGAAUUUGUAAAUAUGAUGAAGAAUUUCUGGACUUCAUAUUGUGGAGAUUCUGAUUGUACAUAUAAUGGAGGAACAUGUGGUUUUGGAUUUUUACUGUUCACAUACCCUUAUUCUUGUGUACAUAAUGGCAUUGUUAUUUGUUUAGAUGCCCUGCUGCUGUUCAUAUUAUUAUUAGCUGUUAUUUCGAAGCCCUCUGCGAGAACAGUUCAUAAUGCUUUCUGUGGGUGUACUUCUUUAGUGAUUCUUUCUGGUGUUUAUAAUUGUGUUUUGGGAUUGGUAUACUUGGCUUUGGGUAUUUGGGUUCCUGAAGAUUCUGUGAUUAGUAAACAGACGGGUGUUUUGCCUUUGCAUCGGCGGGUUGUAGUAUUAUUUCAUGGAUUCACAUGGUUGAUUUUGUGUUUGACUGUUAGUCUUAGGGGAAAGAAGUUUACGCAAAGGAUGUUGAGGCUUUGUUCUACGGUUACAUGCAUAACUGCAGGACUUCUUUGUUUUUCGGCAUUGUGGGUCCUUGUGAUCGGCAGAAUGGUUUCAGUUAACGUUGUUAUAGACAUACUUUUACUGCCUGGAGCAGUGCUUCUAUUAUUAUGCACUUCUAGGGGAAACCAAUGGGAAGAUUCAGGUGAAACUGGGGACAGAAAUUCUCUUUACACACCUUUGAAUGGUGGAUCUAAUGGACAUAUUGAAGCAGAUAUUGGAAGUGAAACUCCUUUUGCAAAGGCAGGAUUUCUUAGUAAAAUGACAUUUUGGUGGUUGAAUUCAUUGAUGAAGAGUGGUAAGGAGAAAACCCUUAACGAUGCAGAUAUACCGCCACUGCGGAAGGAAGACCGUGCAGAGAGUUGUUACUUGUUGUUUAUGGACCAUCUAAAUUCACAGAAGCAAACUAAUGCAUCUGAAUCACCCUCAGUUUUAUGGACGAUGGUUUUAUGUUAUCGGAAAGAGGUUCUAAUAUCUGGGUUUUUCGCAUUGCUUAAGAUACUCACUCUCUCUGCUGGUCCACUGCUUCUCAAUGCCUUCAUUAAGGUUGCUGAAGGGAAACAAGCUUUUGAAUAUGAGGGGUAUGUUUUGGUUGCAUCAUUAUUCUUCACAAAAUGCGUAGAGUCGUUGGCGCAAAGGCAAUGGUUCUUCCGUAGUAAGUUAAUAGGCAUCCAAAUCAGAUCAAUUCUCUCAGCAGCUAUCUAUAAAAAGCAAUUGAGGCUUUGUAAUUCUGCCAGGUUGGUGCAUUCGGCUGGUGAGAUAACAAACUAUGUGACUGUAGAUGCUUAUAGAAUUGGUGAAUUCCCUUAUUGGUUUCAUCAGACAUGGACAACAGUUCUCCAACUCUGCAUUGCACUAGUCAUUCUUUUUCAUGCCGUUGGUCUUGCUACACUUGCAGCAUUGGUUGUAAUAGUAUUAACUGUGCUAUGCAAUACUCCGGUGGCUAAACUACAACAUAAAUUCCAGACUAACCUCAUGGUUGCACAGGAUGAGAGAUUAAAGGCUAUAUCGGAGGCCCUUGUGAACAUGAAGAUUUUGAAGUUGUAUGCCUGGGAGACACAUUUCAAGAGUGUUAUUGAAAGAUUGAGGGAAGAAGAACUUAAAUGGUUGUCGGCAGUGCAGCUGCGGAGGGCUUACAAUGCAAUUCUCUUUUGGUCAUCCCCAGUAUUGGUUUCGGCAGCUACUUUUGGGGCAUGUUACUUUCUUGGUGUUCCGCUUUAUGCUAGUAAUGCCUUCACUUUUCUAGCAACUCUACGGCUUGUUCAGCAACCUGUUCAAGCUAUACCUGAUAUUAUUGGCGUAAUUAUUCAAGCAAAAGUUGCGUUAGCACGGAUCAUAAGGUUUCUUGAGGCACCAGAGCUACAGGCUGGGACUGCUAAGCAAAAGAAAAAUACAGACCAACUUUGGCUAGCCAUUUCUAUCGAAUUGGGCAACUUUUCAUGGGAAGAGAAUCCAUUAAAACCUACGCUAAGCAGUAUAAAAUUGGAGGUUAAACCUGGUGGGAAGGUAGCUAUCUGUGGUGAGGUUGGUGCAGGAAAAUCAACCAUUUUAGCAGCAAUUCUUGGAGAAGUUUUGAACACUGCAGGAACGGUUCAAACUUAUGGUAAGAUUGCAUAUGUUUCACAGACGGCAUGGAUUCAAACAGGUAGUAUACAAGAUAAUAUUCUUUUUGGACACAACAUGGACAGGAUAAGAUACCAUGAAACACUGAAGAAGUGUUCACUUCUAAAGGACCUUGAAAUGCUCCCUUUUGGGGAUCUGACUGAAAUUGGAGAAAGAGGAGUUAAUCUGAGUGGGGGUCAGAAGCAGCGCAUUCAACUUGCUCGUGCUCUCUAUCAGGAUGCUGAUAUAUACUUGAUGGAUGAUCCAUUUAGCGCAGUUGAUGCUCACACUGCUACCAACCUAUUUAAUGAGUAUGUAAUGGGGGCUCUAUCCGCAAAGACAGUCUUACUUGUGACACAUCAAGUCGAUUUUCUUCCCAAAUUUGACUCUAUUUUGCUGAUGUCUGAUGGGCAAAUCUUAUGUUCCGCUCCUUAUCAUGCAUUGAUGGCUUCUUGUCAAGAGUUUUCUGAACUUGUAAAUGCACACAAAGAUACAGCUGGUUCCGAUAGUUUUUCAGAAGUAUCCUCUUCUCAGGGUCAUGGAACUUCUUCAAAAGAAAUUUCUAAAACUUAUAGUGAGAAACAGCUGAAAUCAGUUGGGCUUCAGUUGAUUAAGCUUGAAGAGAGAGAAUCUGGAGACACCGGUCUAAAACCAUACCUGCAGUAUCUGAAUCAGAGUAAAGGCUUCAUCUACUUCUCUGUAGUAGUUCUAGCUCACCUCAUAUUUGUGGGUGCACAAGUGCUACAGAACUCUUGGAUGGCUGCGAAUGUUCAAAAUCCUCAAGUCACUGAAUUGCGACUGAUUAUGGUUUACUUAAUUAUUGGAUGUAGCACGAUAUUACUGUUACUUGUCAGAUUACUUGCUACAGUUGCCAUGGGACUUCAGUCAUCAAAGUCUUUAUUUUACCAGCUAUUGAACUCUCUUUUUUGUGCGCCGAUGUCUUUCUAUGACUCCACACCUUUGGGAAGGAUACUGAGUCGGGUAUCUUCUGAUUUGAGUUUUCUAGACCUUGAUAUUCCAUUCAGCUUAACACUUUCUGUCAUUGCAACCAUGAGUACAUAUGCUAAUCUUGGGGUAUUAGCCGUUAUUACUUGGCCAGUGUUAUUUGUCUCCAUACCCAUGAUACUAAUGGCAAUCUGCUUACAGAAAUACUACUUCGCUUCUGCAAAAGAGUUUAUGCGAAUCAAUGGAACAACUAAAUCUAUGAUAGCAAACCAUCUUGCCGAAUCCAUUGCAGGGGCUAUGACGAUUAGAGCAUUUGAGGAGGAAGACAGAUUCUUUGCUGAGAAUCUUGACCUCAUUGACCAAAACUCAAGUCCAUUUUUUCACACUUUCUCCGCAAAUGAGUGGUUGAUCCAACGUUUGGAACUACUAAGUGCUGUCGUGCUUUCCACCUCAGCACUUGUUAUGGUUUUGCUUCCUCCGGGAACAUUUAGUCCUGGAUUUGUCGGAAUGGCAUUGUCGUAUGGUCUUUCAUUGAACAUGGCCCUCGUAUAUUCUAUUCAAUACCAGUGUACAUUAGGAAAUCAUAUUAUUUCUGUUGAAAGACUGAAUCAAUAUUUGCACAUUCCCAGUGAAGCCCCAAAAGUCAUUGACGCAAACCGACCCUUGCCUAGUUGGCCCUGUAUCGGCAGAAUUGAGAUCCACGACUUAAAGGUCAGAUAUAGGUCCAAUACUCCAGUUGUUCUUCAAGGAAUUAGUUGCACGUUUGAAGGAGGACACAAGAUUGGGGUUGUAGGCCGGACCGGCAGUGGGAAGACAACUAUGAUAGGUGCUCUGUUCCGAUUGGUAGAGCCAGUAGAGGGGAAAGUGGUCAUAGAUAGCAUUGACAUCUCGACCAUCGGACUUCAUGAUCUGAGAUCACGGUUAGGAAUUAUACCUCAGGAACCGAUUCUCUUCAAUGGUACUGUUAGAUAUAAUUUGGAUCCUCUGUCACAACACUCUGAUCAGGACAUUUGGGAGGUUCUUGGAAAGUGUCAGCUUGAAGAUGCAGUACGAGAGAAAGGAAAUGGACUGGAUUCAUUAGUCGCAGAUGAUGGAUCAAACUGGAGCAUGGGGCAACGCCAACUGUUCUGUUUAGGUCGUGCGCUGUUGAGGAGAUGCCGAAUUUUAGUGUUGGAUGAAGCUACUGCAUCAAUUGACAAUGCGACAGACUCCAUUCUACAGAAGACCAUAAGGGUUGAGUUUGCUGACUGCACCGUAAUCACAGUUGCCCACAGAAUCCCAACCGUGAUGGACUGCACAAUGGUGCUUGCUUUAAGUGAUGGGAAAAUAAUGGAAUAUGACCAGCCUAUGAAAUUGAUGAACACAGAAGAAUCGCUGUUCGCAAAACUUGUCAAGGAAUACUGGUCUCACAGUCACUCUGCAGAUUCUUCGUGAAGUAGCAUAUCUCCGAUCAGGCGAACUGCCUGUAUCUAAUUGCCAUUAAACUAAACUCAUUGGGACUGCCAUUAUUGGGGCUAGCUACCUUACCCGAAACUGCCCCCACUUCUGUUAAUAUAUGUAAAUUCAGGUGAAGUAUGAGGGUCAGGAGUGAAGGAAAAUAAGGUAAAAUAGGCGCUUUCUUGUUAAAAUAUGUAAAAUCAAAUAAAUUCAACUUGGAAUACAAAUUUUCAUCCAACUGUAUGAUACGAAUAUUAUAUUUAAUUAUAUUUUU